CUCUCUGUCUCUCCUCUUCUUGCCUGUGACCUCCAGGCACACCCUGGGGGCCUGAGCUGAGUGAUGGGUUCAGCAGGGGAGGGUCCCGUCGCUCAGUCGUCAAUGACUGCUCGUGCUGGGGCCCUGCGUCUACCUGCAGCCUUACCUGCCUAUCAGAUGUUGUACAAGUGGCCUCCCCUCCGUGGGACACUGAAGCCUGAAGCCCGCCGGGGGACUGAAGACUCGAGGACAUGGGGGGCAGUGCUGGCCCCAGGGGGCUUAGCAUCCUCUGCCUAAAGUCUGAGAUGCCUCCUCACACCCAGACCCACGUCUCUGACUCCAGGCAUAAGACACAGGAAGGCUCGAGGCCCCAGGGCCAUUCAGGAAAGGCCAUGCCGGUCAGCCCGAGUGUGGUACAGCCCCCGACUAGAUGGCAGUCGGGGCCUGUGCCGCUGUCCUCCCCUUCCACCUGCACCGACACCUCCCGGGCUGGCUUCUGCAGGUCUGUCCCGGGGCGCCUGAUCAGCUCUGCAGGGGCACCCCAAGCUGAAGCCGCUCUGCCUUCACCAGCUGGGGCCAUGAGGUCUAGCAUGCACCACUCGGUCACAGCCAAGCAGGCGCCCCAGGACAAAAAUAGCAGUCAGAUGACUGCAAGGGUGGCUCACGGCUUCGGCCCAAAUCAGCUACAGCUAAAAAUAGGCUUGAAGGGCACAGCCUGGGGAGAGUGGCAGGCGGACGGGCGCAAUGCGGUCGCUGCGCUUCAUUUCUGCUGAAGCCCUGGUGUCCCACCCUCAGCUGGCCCAGCAGGGCUUGGACAGUGUGGCGCACAACCUCUACCCACUGCUGUUCAAAGCCAGCUACCUGCAGGAGCAGGCGGAGGUGGUCUGUGCGGUGCUGGGACACUGGCCACUGGAGGAGUUCCGGCUGGGUGCGCUGCUGGGUCCGAGUGCCGACCACCCUGAGGAUCUGCGUGACCGGGCUUGCAGGGCCUGCCUGGAGGCCUGCGUGCGGGGCCUCGCAAGCCACGUGCUGCAGGGCGGCCGGCGGCGGCUGCGACUGGCUGACCUCACAGGCAUCCGUGACGUGCAGGUGCAGCGGUGCCCCUGCAGGAGGGCGCUGGGCAGGUGGGGCCGCACCGAGCUGCUGGCUAGGACCUGCUGUGAGUUGCAAGCUGGGCCUCGUGUGGCCGGGCGCCCCAUCGAGGUCCUCGCUGACCUCUUUGUCACCGAGGGCAACUUUGAGGCUGUGGUGCAGGCCCUGCGGCCAGCAGGUCCGGCCCCUCUGCGGGUGCGCUGUCCCUCAUUUCGGGCAGACAGCCUCAGCCCCGGCCAGCUCCUGCAUGUGCUGCACCUGGCCGGGCCGGGCACUUUGCGAAAGCUCGAGGUGGUGCACAACGUGCGGCUGCAUGCCGGCCACGUGCAGCAGCUGCUGGCCCAGGUGGGCUUCCCCCAGCUGGCCUCACUCACCCUGCCCACCAAGGCCUUUGACAUGCCCCCAACCUGUGCCCCGACCCCUGGCAGUGAAGACUCCCUCCUCACCUCCAUCGCCGGGGAACUUGGCCGGAUGGCCUACCUCACCGAGCUGAGUGUGGCCUUCUCCACGCUGACCGGGAAGAUCCCAACGCUGCUCGGCCCCCUGAGGACCCCGCUACGCACACUGGACCUGGCCAACUGCGCCCUGAACCACGUGGACAUGGCCUACCUGGCAGACUGUGUCCAUGCCGCCCACCUGGAGGUGCUGGACCUCAGUGGACACAACCUGGUCCACCUGUUUCCCUCGACUUUCUUCAGGCUGCUGAGCCAGGCUGCCCAGACGCUGAGGGUGCUGACCCUGGAGGACUGCAGCAUCGCCGAUAACCACGUGGGCAUGAUGAUCCUGGGCCUGAGCCCCUGCUGCCGGCUGCAGGAGUUCAGGUUCCUGGGGAACCCGCUGUCGGCCCGCGCCCUCAGACGCCUUUUCACUGCCCUCUGCGAGCUCCCCAGGCUGCGAUGCAUCGAGUUCCCGGUGCCGAGAGACUGCUACCCUGAGGACGCUGCCUAUCCCCAGGACGAGCUGGGCCUGGCCAGGUUUGACCGGCAGAAGUAUGACCUGAUCGCCGAGGAGCUGCGAAUGGUGCUGCUGCAAGCCCACAGGGAGGAUAUCCAGGCCUCCACGCCCCUCUAUGGGAGUUUUGACCCAGACAUCGAAGAAACAAGCAAUGAGCUUGGUGCUUUCUUGCUGCAAGCGUUCAAAACUGCUCUAGAAAACUUCUCCAGAACGCUGAGACAAACGGAGUAGAUCCUCGAGUGGCUCCAGUGGUGGGCCUCACCUUUCAGCCUGCAGGCCCUGGGAGUCCACCCUGGACUGGGGCUUGGGCUGAGCAUUCGUCACCUGCAUUGCCACCACGCAAAGUGAGUUGUAGUGGAAUCGUAGCGUGCCUGUCAGGCCCUGGGGGACAGGGAGCUCUGCCUUCUAGGAGAUGCAGCUCCAGGAGCCCCGAGCACCAGCACAGCAGGACGAGAGCUGGGCUGAGGCCACCAAGAGGGUCGGUGGAGGCCUGGGACAGUGGGAGCGGGUCUGCCCCGGUCUCACAGCAGUGGAGGAGGAGUUAGAGAACAUGUCAGAGGGAAGUGUGAAGUAAGCAGGAGCCCAUAGACUGUCACCGAGAAAGGAGAGGAAGAGUGAGAAGUGAACGAGGCCCAUGCCCAGCAGGAAGGCGUCCUGCUCCUCACGCCUGAGGCGCAGCACUGAUGCCCACACGGCAGCAUCUUCCACACAGAACCAUGGCUCCUGCUCUGGACGGCUCGUUCUCAGGGUGCUUCACAGUCAGUGAGCGAUGCCGAAGGCCAACUGGACUGAGGACAUCUGAGCCACCUGUGCCUCGCCUCUGCUGGGCAGCCAAGGGGCAACUCUGGUGCUCAUGUGACGCCUGCCACCCGGGUCCACCAACCAAGGAAGACGCAUUUGCCCGUGGCUUCCUCCCAGAGCUGCUCUGUGCAGAGCUGAACGGCUUAGUGCCAAGAAGACACAGUGCAGUUUACUCAGCUGCAGUGUUUAUUUCA